CGCACCCUUUUGCCCCUCUUUUUUUAAACAUAUUAACAUGGCACAACAACAAACCGAAGAAUGGCCUGUCAACAAGGUCCGUUCCACUUUCAUCAAGUAUUUCGAAGAUAACGGUCACGUUUUCGUGCCUUCUUCUUCUACUGUUCCUCACGAUGAUCCCACUCUUUUGUUCGCCAAUGCUGGUAUGAAUCAAUAUAAGCCCAUUUUCUUGGGUACUCUUGAUCCCAACUCCCCUUUGGCUAAUGUCAAGCGUGCUUGUAACUCUCAAAAGUGUAUUCGUGCCGGUGGUAAGCAUAACGAUUUAGAUGAUGUUGGAAGAGAUACCUAUCAUCAUACCUUUUUUGAAAUGUUGGGUAACUGGUCUUUCGGUGAUUAUUUCAAGUUGGAAGCUACCAAGAUGGGCUGGGAGUUCUUAACCAAGACCAUCAAUCUUCCCGAAGAUCGUCUUUAUGUUACCUACUUUGGUGGUGAUGAAAAGAUGGGUCUUGCUGCUGAUUUGGAAGCCAAGCAAAUGUGGAUGGAUCUCGGUGUUGAUGAGAAGCGUUUGAUUCCUGGUAGUGUCGAGGAUAACUUUUGGGAAAUGGGAGAGACCGGUCCCUGCGGUCCUUGUUCCGAAAUCCAUUAUGAUCGUAUUGGUGGUCGUGAUGCUUCUAGUUUGGUCAACAUGGAUGAUCCCAACGUUCUUGAAAUUUGGAAUCUUGUCUUCAUGCAAUAUAACAGAGAACAAGACGGUUCUCUCCGUUCAUUACCCAACCAACAUAUCGAUACCGGUCUUGGUCUUGAACGUCUUGUCUCUAUUCUCCAAAACAAGUACUCCAACUACGAUACCGAUUGUUUCACUCCCAUGUUUGCCAAGAUCAAGGAAUUAACCGGUGCUAGAGAUUAUACUGGUUUGUUAGGUGAUGAGGAUGUGGAUGGUAUCGAUACCGCUUACCGUGUUAUCGGUGAUCAUAUCAGAACUUUGACUUUUGCCAUUUCUGAUGGUGGUGUUCCCAGCAAUGAAGGUCGUGGUUAUGUCUUGAGACGUAUUCUUAGACGUGGUGCUAGAUACGUUCGCAAGUAUUUCAACGUUCCUAUCGGUACCUUCUUCUCUUCUCUCGUCGAUACUUUAGUUCUUCAAAUGGCUGAAGCUUACCCCGAGCUCUCCAAGAAGGCUGAUGAAGUCAAGGCUAUCCUUGAUGAAGAGGAAGUUGCUUUCUCCAAGACUUUAGAUCGUGGUGAAAAGCUCUUUGAGGCCUACAUGAAGAAGGCCAAGGAAGCCGGUGAGACCGUCUUAUCCGGUGAUGAUGUGUGGCGUCUUUACGAUACCUAUGGUUUCCCUGUUGAUCUCACCCGUAUCAUGGCUGAGGAAAACGGUUUGGAGGUCAACGAGGCUCAAUUUGAAGCUGCUCAAGAAGCUGCUAAGCUUAAGUCUCGUAAGGUCAAGGGUGGUGAUAACGGUCAAGGUGUUGUUGCACUUGAUGUUCAUGAUCUUGGUGCCUUGGAUAGCAACAGUGCUGUUCCCAAGACAGAUGAUAGUGCCAAGUAUUUACCUGGUAACAUUCAAGGUCAAGUCAAGGCUAUUUUCUUUGAACACAAGUUCCUUGAUAACACUGCUGAUAUCCCUGAGGACCGCAACUUUGGUAUUUUGACCGAUAAGUCCAAUUUCUACGCCGAAUCCGGUGGACAAGAAUAUGAUACUGGUUCCAUCAUCACUUUGGACGGUACCACUGAAUUUGUUGUCGAGGAUUGUCAACUCUAUGGUGGCUAUGUUCUCCAUGUCGGUCAUCUCAAGUAUGGUCAACUUUCUAUUGAUGAGAAGGUUGAACUCUCCUAUGACGAUUUGCGUCGUUUCCCCUUGAGAAACAACCAUUCUGCUACUCAUAUUCUUAACUUUGCCCUUCGUGAGGUUUUGAAGGAAGACAUUGAUCAAAAGGGUUCUCUCGUAUCCCCCGAGAAGCUCAGAUUCGAUUUCUCUUACAAGACUCCUGUCAACGUGAAGCAAUUGGCCGAGGUUGAAAAGAUCUGUAACGACUUUGUUCAAAAGAAUGUCAAGGUCUACUCCAAGGAAGUUCCUUUGGCUGUUGCCAAGGCAAUUCACGGUUUAAGAGCCGUCUUUGGUGAGACCUAUCCUGAUCCCGUUCGUGUGGUUUCUAUCGGUUUCGAUGUGGAUGAGAUUACUAAGGAUGUCUCUAACCCCAAAUGGAAGACCACCAGUAUCGAAUUCUGCGGUGGUACUCACGUUGCCAAGACCAGCGAUAUCAAGUACUUUGCCAUUAUUGAAGAGUCUGGUAUUGCUAAGGGUGUCCGUCGUAUUGUUGCCGUGACCGGUGAUGAAGCCAUUGCUGCUCAACGUGAAGCCGAGGCAUUUGUUGCCAAGCUCGAUCGACUUGAUAAGUUGACUGGAGCUGAGCUUGAAGCCGAACUUAAGGUAGUCUCCAAGGAAUUGGACACCGCUGUUAUUUCUGCCGUUGCUAAGGCCGGUUUCCGUGACCGUUUCGCUGCUGUUAAGAAGGCUUUCGAUAAUGCUGAAAAGAUCCGCAAGGCUGAACAAGUCAAGGAAGCUACUGAGAUUGUCAAGAAGUACUUUGAAGAACACCCUGAAGCCCAGUAUUACGUUGCCGAAUUACCUGUUGGAAACAACUCUAAGGCAUUGGGUGGAGCUAUUAAUUAUGCCAAGCUUAACUUGAAGGAUAAGGCUGUUUAUGUUUUCGGUGGUGAUAAAGAAAGUGGUCGCGUUGCACAUAGUUGUAUUGUUGGUAAGACCUUUAUUGAAAAGGGACUUAAGGCUUCCGAUUGGGCUGCUGUUGUUUGUGAAAAGGUGGGCGGUAAAAAGGGUGGUAAGGACGAUGCUGCACAAGGUUCUGGUGACAAGUUUGAAGGCUUAGAUGAAGCAUUGAAGGCUGCCGAAGACUUUGCAAAAUUAAAGAUCAGUGCCUAACAUGUUGCAUGUUUUUUUAUAUAUAAAAAUAAACAAAUGAAUAAUAUAAAAAAAAAAGCCGAUCUAUCCCUAAAUAAAAAUAUGCUCAAUAUAUUUCUCGAACAAAAAAAAAA